GAAACCACCACAGAAGAAAAAAAACCAGGAAACUAAACACAGGUGACCUGAAAAUCUCAGAAUCAUAGAAAAUCAUGAAUAUUUUUGGUUAAAACACCUGAAAAAGAACCUUUCGGGCAUGGGGGAGAGCUGCUGGUCCUGAAUCUGCCCUGAGUAGUUUUGCUUUUUCAGAUCUAAGGAACGUAUCAGAGAUGAGGAGCAGCCUCCUUCUUGCACCCUGCAGCGACCUCCGCCACUGGGGAUUCCUGCUCGUUGUGACUCGACACUCUGAGGUUUUCAGGUUGCUCAGCUCGAGUCGCCCCAUUAGCCACAGUCUCCAGGAGAGCUACCGACGCCUGCAGCUGCCUGACGAGGGCCACAGGAGCCCGGCUCAAGUGAAGGACGCCUAUCUGCGCCUCGCCAAGCUCUACCAUCCGGACUCCGGGGCAGCAACAGCCGAUGCUGUUCUGUUUGCUCGGGUUGAGGAGGCUUACCGGGCCGUUCUGGCCCAUCAGAGCAAAGUUGGAGCAGGUGGAGUGAAGGAUGAGGAGAAUGAGGAGGAGAAAUCCAGAGGAGCCGCUCUGCAGCACAGACACUAUCUCAGCUAUGAUGGUGUGGGAAUGGGAACGCCCAGCCAGCGGGAGCGUCAGUACCGGCAGAUCCGUGUGGACCGGGCGGCUGAGCAGGUUCUGAACUACAGACAGAAGGAGCACGAGAGGGCGGCGGCAGCAGACGGAGCCAUGGUGGAACGGGAUAUGCGUCAGCGAAGUCAGAAGAUUAAGAUCACGCAGGCGGUGGAGCGGCUCGUGGAGGACCUAAUCCAGGAGUCCAUGGCUCGGGGGGACUUCCAGAACCUGAGUGGAGCGGGGAAACCCCUCAGCAAGUUUGAGUACAACCCAUACGCCGAUCCAAUGACCCAUAACCUGAACCGCAUCCUGAUCGACAAUGGGUACCAGCCUUCAUGGGUGGUGACACAGCGCGACAUCAGAGAGUCUGUAGAUCGGAUCCGAAACCGGCUGUUAGAGGGGAGGGCCCGGCUCAGCGACCCGAUGACCCCCUCAGAACAAAACCAAUGGGAGCAGCUGUGCGCAUCUGUAGAGGAGGAUCUGAUGAAACUCAACAAGAUGGUGGACAACUACAACCUGAUAGUUCCCAUGCUCAGCAUGCAGAUGGUCCACUUCAGUCUUGUCCGAGAGCUGGACCGAGCCGUGAGAGGAGCGGAGCAGCGCCGAAUGGAUCAGCUGAGAGACAAAGAGAAGGAGCGUCAAAGGAGGAAGGAGGAGAAAAAGAGAGAAAACGCUUCAAGCAAGACUAGAGCUAAAAGCCGGGGACUGGUGUCCUGGAUGCAGAGAUUCCUCCGAUGCUGAAGAGUUAGAGGAAAUGUCUCAAACUGGUACCAGAAGUACCGGUUCAGAACCAACAUCCUAAUCGAUCUGAGGUUGAAGAUUUCUCCGCUCCAGAGCACUGACGAUGUUUUGUGUAAAUAAUAGAAGAAGGAUCCCGGAUUGUUCUGGCCGGCACGGGUCGAUCACUCAUUUCAUGGAACAGUUUUAAAAAGUCGCAGGAUGAAAAACAGUUUUUCUUCCGUUGAUUAAAUGUUUGUUAAUUCAGAAAUGAGCAGAACCAAAAACAACACAAUCUUAGCUCCUCUGGGAAUUCUGCUCCAGAGUCUGAUCUAAAUCCGUGAGACUUAAUCAGGCGUCUGCAGGACUAAACGUGUUAAAGACGCAGGAAGAUGAUCAGAUUCACGAUGAUGCAAACAUCAUCAUCAUCAUCAUCGGGUUGGUGACCUUUGCUUGAAAACUAGAUUUCAUUAGUAAAAUUAUUUAAAUUAAGCUAAAGUAAAAUAUUUUAUUUGUUGUUUUAACAUAAAUCACAUCAUGUUCAGGAGGAAGUUGUUUUAUGUUUUGUUAAAAUGAUGCCUUAUGAACUCUUCAUGUCCAGGAUCUGACAACGACCCGUGUAUCGGUUCUGACCCUUUAUUGUUUAUGAGCUCAGACCUGCAGAAAUAAAUCCUGAAAAACCAAAUUAAACUAGCCAUCUUCUAAUUUUACAGAACAAA